CCGGUCAAGGCAUCGACCUGUGGAUUCCUUUUCAAAAUGGAGCAUACUUGCAACUCUUGCACAACCGAGAUCACCGAAGACCUGAUUAGCUGUUAUAUUUGCAACUCACCGUUCCACAUCCGCUGUUCGCGCAUUCCUGAGAAUGCACUGAAGCUAAUCAACGAAUACCAACAACUCCACUGGUGCUGCCUGGCGUGCAACAAUGUGAUUAUUAAUCCUCGCACUAAAUACAUCAAACAAGCUUUGGCCCAGUCGAGCAUACAAACAACAAUGGAUGCCGUCGCCAAUAGUCUCAAAUCUGCACUUGAACCUCUAGCAAAAGAAAUUCGUACUGGUCUAUCGCAGCUUAAUGAAUCGCAGAAGAGAACACCACUGAGCAGUCACCCUCCUGCCAAAUUGCGCAGAGUUUUACCAGCGAAGAGAUUAUUCUCCGAGUUGGUCAGUGCUACAAACACUUCACCUGCUAUCUCGCUAGUCGCCAAAAGAACAACAAACAUCAAUAAUAACAAUAUCAACAAUAACAUAGCCGUACCGUCACUUGCUGAGCACAACAAUAUUAACAUCACAAAUAACAUCACUUCUCGCCAGCCAAUUGCUAUUUAUGGCACGGAUAACGAUUCUCCAAACCUUCCAACCGUUCAAAACCGCUUUGUACCCAAAAUGUGGCUUCAUUUAGCUAACAUUGCUCCUGGCACUUCCUGUGAACAAGUCGUGGAAUCUGUGAAACGACGGCUGGCCACAACCGACGUCAUUGCAUUUAGCUUGAUGGGCAAAAAUGUCGACACUACUUUGGCUAGACCGAUGUCGUUUAAGGUUCGCAUCCCGGCUCACCUUCGUGAAACUGCGUUAUCGUCCUCGGUUUGGCCUUCUAAUCUACGUGUACGUGAAUUUAUACUACGUGAUAACCAUCCAGCCUCAUCCCAUACUUUGGCUUGUCUCACACCGAUGAAUGCACAUGAAACCCCACUUCAAAGCAACAAUGCAGUGCCUAUCGAUAAUAUUCCGAAACCGGCAGAGCAAACCAUCAAUGAAAAGCCAAAUAGUUCAUCACCUAGUAAUGUACAACCAAUAGUGCGCGAUAUGGAGCAUUCACCUAUCCCAGCUGAUCGUACGGCUCAAAACAAUGACGUUCAUCACGAACACAGCUCAUGAAGCUUACGCACACAAGAAGCAUCAGCCAGUCGCUAUUCGCACACUAACACUUUAUGUAAUGACCACGCACGCACUAACACAGCAACUCACUUGAAAAUGUUUUCAAUUGGCGAUAUUAAAAACAUUUCACAUGCCAAACCGACUGACACUGCUUUGAAACCAUGUGAUAUACAUUUUCACUACCAAAAUGUUAGAGGACUACGUACCAAACUCACAGAAUUCG